AUGAGGUUAUCUCUCUCAUUACGGCGUUUCUACGCCUCUUUGCUGGCUCUGGUCGAGUUGCGGCUUGUGUCGGCUGCCGCGAUACCGGAAUUCGUCUUUGAUCCCUAUGGCGGUGACACAGGCGCCGUUGCGAGCGAGUCUGUGGAAUGUAGCAGGAUAGGACGCGAUCUAAUCGCGCGUGGCGGCAAUGCCGUAGACGCCUUGGUCGGCACGACCUUUUGCGUGGGAACUGUGGGCAUGUACCACUCGGGAAUCGGCGGCGGCGGUUUCGUUGUCAUCAGGGACUCGGACGGAAACUAUGAGUCUAUUGAUUUCAGGGAGUCGGCGCCCGCUGCUGCGUUCCAGGACAUGUACAAGGGUAACGUCCAGGGGAGUGUGUACGGAGGCCUGGCUGUGGGCGUGCCGAGCGAAGUUCGUGGUUUGGAAUACAUCCACAAGAAGUACGGCUCUCUUCCAUGGAAGACGGUUGUAACUCCGGCGGCCCUGUUGGCCAAGGGCGGAUUCCGAGUCUCGGAGGACUUGGUCAGAUAUAUGGCUUCAGCUAUCGAGAACCAGAAGAACUUCCUUGUCGAGGAUCCUGUCUGGGCCGAAGAGUUUGCUCCUAAUGGAACGCUUCUCAAGCUCGACGACACCAUCUAUCGCAAGAGAUAUGGAGCUACGCUCGCCAAGAUCGCCGAGGAAGGCCCUGAAGCCUUCUACAGCGGACCCAUCGCCAAGUCGAUGGUCGCCACGGUCCGCGCCACAAACGGCACAAUGACCCUCGACGACCUGCAAUCCUACAAGGUCAUCACCCGCCAGUCCCUGAACAUCACCUACCGCGGCUACCGCCUGAUAUCUAUCGGUUCUCCCGCCAGCGGUGCUGUAGCCCUCAACACGCUCAAGAUCAUGGAGCAAUUCGACCCCUCGGAGAGCGACGACGUGACCCUCGGCGUGCAUCGUUUCGAUGAGGCUAUGCGCUUUGCCUACGGCGCACGCUCUCUCCUCGGCGAUCCAGACUUUGUAGCAGGAAUCGGACCGUACGAGGAUACUCUCAUCGACGAGGCAACGGCCAAGAGCAUGCGAUCACGCAUCCUCGACAACCAGACGCAGCCGGUGGAAAAGUACGACCCCCACGGAAUGUACUCCAGCGAAGGCUUCGGAACCUCGCACAUCGUGACCGCAGACAAGUCGGGCAUGGCCACAUCCCUCACGACCACCGUGAACCUGCUCUUCGGCGCCCAGAUCAUGGACCCGCUGUCCGGAGUCAUACUGAACAACGAAAUGAACGACUUCUCCAUCCCCGGCGUCCGGAACGCCUUCGGCUUCGAGCCGUCCCCCGCGAACUUUGUCCGCGCAAACAAGCGGCCCCUCUCGUCCAUCACGCCCAUCAUCGUCGAGAAUCCCGACGGAAAGCUCUACGUCACCGUCGGCGCGGCCGGCGGCUCCCGCAUCAUCAGCUCCACGGCGCAGGUCACCUGGCACGUUCUCGAGCACGGCCAGACCAUGAAGCAGGCCCUCCGCGAGCCGAGACUACACGACCAGCUCAUGCCCAACACCGUCACCUUUGAGUAUCCCUUCGAUAACGACACCGUUGCCAGUAUGAUCGACAAGGGCCACGUCGUCACUUGGGUUCCCGAGGGCCGCAGCGCGGUGCAGGGCAUCAAGUUUGAAGAUGGUGUCUUUGAAGCGGCCAGCGAGCCGCGGCAGAAGAACAGCGGCGCGUUUACUGUUUAG